ACCAUAUUUAAGAGAAUCUGAAAAGAAAAAAAAAACACUUCCUAAAAAAUUUGUUCAUUUGGAAUAGCGCGAGACCGUCUUGAUAUAUAUAUUGAUCGAUUCGGCGAAUACACUCUCGUUUGGUCCAAUUCGGGCUGAACCUCCUUCCAUCAUCAUCAAUAUGGGUAGUUCGGAACCCGGUUUCGAAGAUUUUCUUCACGACAAGAAGCGCGCUAGGAACCCUUUUGUCCCCGUUGGCGCGAUUAUUACUGCCGGUGUACUAACAGCUGGCUUAAUCAGCUUCAGACGAGGUAAUUCUCAGUUAGGCCAGAAGCUAAUGAGAGCUCGAGUGGUUGUCCAAGGUGCUACUGUGGCACUCAUGGUUGGCACUGCCUAUUAUUCUGGAGACAAUCCUUGGCAAAAGAAAUAGACUUUAAAUAGCUAACAAACACUCAAAGAAAAACUUUGUAAUGGCCUGGUUUCUUGUUGGUCUUAGUUUUGUUUCGCAAAGGGAAAAUUUGUUCUUUUGAGAAUGAUUUCUUUGAUCUGUUUCUUACUUUUGAAUUAUUUUAUUUCAAUGCAUAAGAAUUGAAUUCUUAUGGAUGUAGUGUACUUUAAUAUGUACAAUAGUUUUUUUUUUCAAUAAAGAAAAGGACUCUCACUUUCA